AUGUCUUUGAAAGGAGCUGCCCCGGGAUGGUCGACCAGGAAGAAGAUCUUGGUAUUCUCAAUCAUCGGCAUCAUCAUCGUCGCCCUUGGAGUCGGCCUUGGAGUUGGAUUAGGAGUUGGGCUCAACCACAACAACGGCGGAGGUGAAGGUAACGGCAGCGGCACCGGUGGAAACGGAGGAACAGGCACCGGUGGAAACGGUACAUCGAGCGGAAAUACGACCGUGAAGUGGCAGCCGGAAGUGGGCAUCAAAUGGCAGAUCGAGCUGCUGUACGCGCUGAACGACACCUCCGUAGACGCGCACGUCUAUGACAUCGACCUCUUCGAUAACCCCAAGUCGACCAUUGCCAAUCUCCAGGGAAUGGGCCGCAAGGUUAUCUGCUACUUCUCCGCCGGCACAUACGAAAACUGGCGUUCGGAUGCGAACGAGUUCCUGUCUUCAGACAAGGGCAACAACCUGGCCGACUGGCCCGGCGAGAAAUGGCUGAAUACCAGCUCGGCCAACGUGCGCAAGAUCAUGCAGCAACGCCUCGAUAUGGCUGUAACCAAGGGCUGUGACGGUGUUGAUCCGGACAACAUCGACGCUUACGAUAAUUCUAACGGGCUUGACCUCACCCAGGAUGAUGCGAUCAACUACGUCAACUGGCUUGCUUCGGAGUCGCACAGCCGUGGUCUGUCCCUCGGACUCAAGAACGGGGGCGAUAUUAUCCACUCGGUGCUGGGCAACAUGCAGUGGUCUGUCAAUGAGCAGUGUGCUCAGUACUCGGAGUGCGAUACUUAUGCAGCGUUUACUGCUGCGAACAAGCCCGUUUUCCACAUCGAGUAUCCCAAGGGCGAUACCGAUGAUGACGAUAAUGUGACCGCGAAGCAAAUGUCGUCUGCUUGCAAUGCUGCAAGUGCUGGGAAUUUCUCGACUGUGAUUAAGAACAUGAAUUUGAACAACUGGGUGGAAUACUGCCCUUGA